AUGUUGCAUCUCCUCCUAAUGGUUAACGGACAUCACAGCGAAUGCACCACCUCACAAAGAGUAACCUCAUUCGAGUAUACACCCGCCCUGGGAGUUUUCGAUUUGUUUAAGAUUCCCAUUUACCACGGCUGGCUAGUGGACCCAGAGAACUCGGAUUUGGUCUCGGUUGUUGGCAACCUGACUUAUAAUCAGCUAGUCGAACGUAUAAUCCGCCUCAAAGCUUCCUCAGAUCCUGGCAAUGUUGCGAAAGGUGUUGUAGCCGAGGAUUUCUUGCACUCUACGGCUUCUCAGCUGACCUAUCACGGACUGUUUAUCCUAUCCUCUGCUGUAUCUGAUGAUCAGUUGGCUGUAUUCUUCAGGAAUAAUCACUUCAAUACUAUUACCAAACACGAUGGUCGCAUUUACGUUCUGGUCACAGAUAUGGGCCUUCUCAGUGAACCCAACGUGGUGUGGGAAGUGUUGAAUGACGUUGACGGUGACACCGAAUUUGUUGAUUCCGCUUUUCACUUGUAUUCCCCGGAAACCGCGUCAUCAACCACCAUCCCACCGUCAUCGGCUGCACCUGAUUCUGAUCGAUACGCUAGUGGCGGUGGAAAGAUAGACCUGCCCAACAAAAACUCGGCGGAUGGCCUUCCGAAAUGCUCUCCUGAACAGGCUUUUUCGCAUGCGGAACACGAGUCAGUAACAGAUUCCGACAAUGACCUGGCUCUUCGGUUACAACUGGAGGAAAUGGACACCUCCGGUGGCAGGAAACCUCCGGCACGCACCCGUGGCACUGACUCUAACACGGAACCCCCUUUAGCCUCUAAUCCAAGCACGUCUGCUUCCCAUCGGAUGCAUCAUCAUCAUCCCUUUGCUACAGUGCCUUCCCGGCGGCCUUCCACUGGAGGGGAUCGACGCGAUUGCCGGUUACUCUAAUGCCACCGUCAUCGUGUCUCAUUUGAGGACUCCGGAGCAACCGAGAACGAUCUACGGACCAAGUCGCGCUUCCUCCAUUCGACUGCCACGUUCCGACGUUGUAGAUUCCUUGUGAUAUUUCCAUCUUGUGAUAUAUCGUAACUGCUACCCUGUUUACACCUUACCCAGAUUGUCGUUUCUCAUGUUUUCCGCCUUCUGCAGGCAAAGAAUUUUCUCGUUUCAUAUUUUGUUAUAACCCAUUGAUAUCAUUACAGUUCCUUACUGAAUAUUCGGACUUAACUUCGUGCAAGGUUAACUCUCAUUUCCCCUCAUCGCAUGCAGUGUUGUCAACAAUUUUGAUUCUUAACUCUUGUCUUACUUCCUGUGUUAUAUCUACUCUCCUUUCGAUUUUCUUGUUUGUUCGUGCUUCUAAUGUUCGUCUGCAGUCCGUUGUAUUUUUACCAUCAAGCGGAAUUGUCUCGGAAAACCUAUUUUCUCUCUGGGCUUCAGUUACCAAAUCUCACUGUUAGUCUUUUUCUGAAAACACACCGCUUCCUGAUGCCAGCCCACAUGCGACCAAUCAGCCGGACACAUUCUGCACUGUCUCGAUCUCCACCUGCCCACUCUUCUUAUGGCCAACGACUUCGUUCAUAUUUCUUAUCCUCUGUUUUUUAUAAGCGUGCAUUCGAAGUGGGGCAUCGUGAUUGCCCGGCACGCCAUAAAUUAUUCUUUCGCAAUCCAGUCUUCUGAGUUUGCUGAUCGUUUGCGCCUUGUCUAGCGUUUUCAUUAUUUACCCCAAUUAACUUUUCAGGUUACUUUUCUCCGGAAAUUAUUUUUGAUUGUUACUUUCUGCAACCUUGGCGAUUUCACA